AUAUUAGAGAAAUAAAUGCAUAAACGUUUACGGUUUUGCGUAAGAACGUGUGUUUUUAGGGGCGGUGGGACAGGCCUGUGAGGGUGGUGUGUUUAAGCGGCCCGCGGUCGACAUUUUACAGGUUUGCGGUGUGAACUACAUGACAUGGCGGAUUAAUCGCGGGGGCGCGCUUCGUGUUUUCCUUUUAGAGAGAGUGCGCGGUGAGUUGUGGAAAGCGGGGGGGUGAGAGCGGCGCGAGGCUGUAGCGGGUUGAGGGGGUUUGGAGGGGCAGCAUCAGUUUGGAAACUUCGCUCCGGCAGUCACUCAGGCUUUCCCGGCUCAUUCCGAGAGAGUGAGGGGCUGUGCUGCUGCUGCGCUGCGUGUGUUUGUUUGGGUUUGUGUUGAAUGUGCCCGCAGUACGGCUUGACCACACACUCGCCCACCGCAGACUGACUGACUGGGGUUCUGGUAGCUGUAGCGUUCGGUAGCGGUGUUUCUUUCCCCCGGUGUAGGAUGUUAUCCAGCCAGGCUGGCUCGGCGUUGAGUGGAAACGGGUCAGCGUCAGGGAACAGCGCGGCGGUGGUACACGGGGCUGUGGUGGUGGGCAGCAGCGGGCUUCGGCCGGGACUCGCGCGGACAGGCGCUCAGACUGUAGCCGGGGUGAACGUCGCUGCAUUCGGAGGGGCUCCCGUGGGAAUGCUGGGGGGAAACGGGCCCGGGAGAGGCGGCGUCAGAGCCGGGAACGGCGGUGGCGGCGGGCUCAGCGCACAGGUGGGCUUAGGGGCUCUGGGCGCAGGGUUAGUGGGGAUCCCCGGUCGGUUUGACCGGGAUAAAGAAGGGGGUCCACAGGGGUGCAGCGCCUCCGACGCGGACUCCGAUUCUGGGGACGACGACGAACCCAUGGCUGGAGACAGCCGGAGGGGGGUGAAGCGGGAAAGGGCCGAAAUGGAAAGUGCCAUGCCCGGCCAGGAGGCUGGCGUGCCCCCGGGGGGUUACGGUGUGGUGGCCGGCGGAGUUGCUGGAGCAAAGCCAGGCAAGAAAACACGUGGACGCGUUAAGAUUAAGAUGGAGUUCAUAGACAACAAGUUGCGGCGAUACACAACUUUCAGCAAAAGAAAGACGGGCAUCAUGAAAAAGGCAUAUGAGCUGUCCACGCUAACAGGAACACAAGUCCUGCUGCUGGUAGCCAGUGAAACAGGCCAUGUUUACACUUUUGCCACACGCAAGCUCCAGCCCAUGAUCACCAGCGAGACGGGGAAGGCUCUGAUCCAGACGUGUCUGAACUCUCCAGACUCCCCUCCCCGCUCUGAUCCAUCCACAGACCAACGCAUGAGCGCCACGGGCUUUGAGGAGACAGACCUUACCUAUCAGGUUUCUGAAUCAGAAAGCCUCGGUGAAACCAAGGACAUUCUGAAGCCAGCGUUUACAGUCGCCAGCUUACCGGGCAGCACCAGUGCCCAGCCUACAGUGCCCACAACCUCCACCACCAUGCAAGUGAGCAGCGGACCCUCUUUCCCAAUCACCAACUACUUGGCCCCUGUGUCUGCCAGCAGCAGCAGCAUUGCCAACACUAACGGGACUGUACUAAAGAGCGCAGCCACCUCCGGAGGGGUCAUGCAGAUCCCUGGUGGCUUCACCUUUAUGUCGGCAGGCACUCCUUUCCCCCCUGGAACCCCUGCUAUUCCCCUGGGGCAGCUGCAGCAGCACUCUCUGGCUCUCCAGGGCCAGCAGGGCCAGGCCUUGACCGCUGCCACCGCUACAGCCACUCAGACCGCACAAGGCCAGCAGGCUGUGUUUCGCCUCCCUGCUGCUGCAGUCUCUCUCACAGGAGGAGGAAUGGCCCAACAGCUCCAAGCCAUUCAGGUGCAGCCCAGCACCCAGACCAACUCAGUCAGCAACGACAGCGGUAGCCCAGAGAUCUCCCAGACCAGCACUGCCUCCACAGCUACAGUCAGUCUCCCAGCAACCAUCGUCACGUCGUCAGUGCCCACCUCAGUAGCAGGUCACAUGAUGUACCCCAGCCCCCACACACUCAUGUACGCCUCUGCCCCUACGCUGACCGAUGGUGGCCUGGCUGUACUGAACGCUUUCUCUCAGAGCGCCUCUGCCAUGCAGGUGUCCCAUGCGCAGGCACAGGAUACAGGUGCUGUUCCUCAGGUGUUUCUUACAGCGCCCCCUGGCACGGUUCAGAUCCCUGUUUCAGCAGUGCAGCUACACCCAGUACGGCAAGAUCUCCACUUUACAAAUGGUGAUUGGUCAACAGUCCAGCGGCAGCAGCAGUAAUCUGACCGAGCUUCAGGUGGUGAAUCUGGAUGCCACACAGAACACCAAGAGUGAUUGAUGGGUGUCCUUGAUUCUGAAAGGUCACCUGGGACUUACGUCACUAUUUAUUGAUGCCUUGUUCCAUUUUAAAGCAUUUCAUCCUUUACGCCAUAGGAGUGUAAGUGAUUGAUUGUACAGUUUCUACUGUAAAUGUGUGUACUGACCUCAUAAGGACAGUGAUUGAGAAAAACAUAGCCUUCUCAGUUCUGCUGUUUGUUGCAAUUUAUAGGACAUAGACUCCAAUUCUGACAUGCGUUUUUGCAUGUUACGUGUGUGUGUGAGUGUGUACGAGUGUUAACCGCAUAAAAGGGAAACAGAAACAGUGUUAGAUAGCUGUUGCAGAUGCUGCAGCCCCUCACAUUGGCCAAAGACAUUUGUUUUAUUUUGUUUUGUCAGUAUUACUGUGUGGACGUGAGAAUGGGUCUGAAUAGAACGUGAUGCCUAGGCCUGAAGAGCUGUACUGAGGAAGAUCAAAAUGAGUGAUUUUUAAAGGGUAGACGAGUUGCUAAUGUACAUAUUUUCUAUUGUUAUUAUUAGCCAAUAGUGCAAUGGCAUGUACUGUAGUUGUUUUAUAAGAUGCUGUUUUGUUUUGUAUUUUGCGUACAGAAAAAAAAUCAGUUAUUUACAAACUGUGUAAAUUAAUGUAAUAUAAAUAUAUUUUAUUGAUUUAUAUAUGAUCAUGGAGAAUAAGAGUGAGGCUGUUUCUUUCCCUUAAUUUCCUGUAACAUGGUUGUCCACUGCAAAUAAUCAGAGGUAGAAGCAAAAAAAUAGAAGAGAUUAUAAACCACUCAUCUAUCCCUUCAUAUGAAACAGGUCUCAUUAUCUUUACUGUAUUCCCCUGAUACGAUACUGCCUGUUUGAGUACAGUAACUGUGCUAUAGCAGGCUCAGUUCAAACUCUGUAUUCUACUAGAUAAGUGCUCACAACACUGAGGAUUUCUUUCUUUGUUUUGAUGCAAAUUAUGAAUUGUUAUAAACUAUCAAUUUUAAAGGUCUAGUGCACUUUUACUGAAACACUAAAAGCUUUGCUGGCCUUUCAAAAAGAUUGAAUAUCAACCUUUUUUUUCCCCAAACCAUUUGUGCUAAAAACAAUAAAGGAACCUAAACUCUUCACGGUAGUCACUUUUUGUCCAGUUUUGCUGAUAAGGGCUCAGUUUGACUGUUAAUCUCUCUUAUCUACUUCAUCAUAUUCACAGUUAAAGUUUAUCAGCAGCUGUACAGCAGAACUGCUGAAGAGAUCGUCGGACGUUGAACAGUAAUUGUAUGGUACUCACUAAGACACAUUGGCAUCGAACCUCAGGCCAGUGCAGAGUGUCGUACACGAGGGUCUGGACUCAUUAAGCUCAGUCAUUAGUGGGAGGCUUCUUAUCCUACCAAAUGAUGGUGUCUCCAUGCUGCAGCUCAACACAUGUUGCCCUUAAGCCUUUUUGUAUAAAGGGAGAUUUUUCAUGCUGUAUUUUGGGACGCAUUGUUAACAUGUUUAUUUAUAUAAGAUUCAGCAACAGUUCUCUAAGAUGUUUCUGCGGCUUCACACAGUUUGUACUCAGUGCCCAGUUUUGCACUGGUAGCAUGAAGUUGCCAAUGGCUGUUUCUCUACACUCUGGUUUCUUCUAUAGGAAAUGUGAAGUCUUUCACUGAACGUGUUUGAUAUGUUAAGGGGUUUGUUUUACAGUUAUUAUAAGAUAGCGUGAGAAACAGAACGAACACUGGUUCUUUUGUUGUGAGGUUUUUGACUUUGCGUGAGCUUUUAUUUGUAUUUUUCUUUUGUGUUUGGAGAUGUAACAAAAAAUGUACAUAAUUUUUUGUAAUAAAAAAUGAUAUUCUACAAAUACA